AUGGCAGACGCCAGCCCAGUGAUAGCUCCAGCUCCGAUCCCUGCUUCUCACAACAAUCUCGCACCACCUCAAAAGUCAGUUCGAUCCAACUCCGCAGCGUCUAAUCGGUCACGUCGCGGUCGCUCCCAUGGCACCUCAUCUGUGAAUCUCUCCAGGAGCAAUUCUCAUUCGUCCCGCGGUGGAGGAACCAGCGAUGGUACCUCCGGAGGAGGAGGAGACAAGACGAAGAAGUCAGGUCAUACCACCACGAUCAGCGGUGGAACAAGUCUUGGCAUAAGUAAUGGAGAUCUCAACACGAAGAAACCAAAAGGCAAGAAGGAUGCUUCUGCUACGACUUCGAAUGAGAAGGAAGAAAAAGCCGACAACAGCAAGCCGAAGCAGGAGAAGCAGGAAAAGCAGGACAAACGGAGAGCGUCCAGCAACAAUCAGAAUCGUAGACCUCAACCUAUCAACACGGCCCCUGCGCGGACCAACUCGCGCAACUCGACCAACAAAUCGACACCUGCAAAUGAGGCUGCUUCUCAGACCCAAACCGCCCCGGCCCCUCGCGCGAUCCAUGCGUCCGUCUCUGCUCCACUAACGGCUCUGGACGCUGCGAAAGACGUCGCUCAGCAAAAGCAGGCAUCUGGAGCAUCCGGUGGCGACGCCCUUGCAAGUCUACAAAAGAUGAUAUCGGACCUAAAGUCCAUGCCUGCUUCAUCUGGUAAUUCCAGUGGAGGAUCGGCUCCCGCCUCCAGAUCAGCGAGUGGCCAACGCGAGCCAAUGACUGGCGGAACUAGUCCAGUACCAAUCUCAGCAUCGCUCAGUCGGCAAGGCUCGAAAAAGCUCAAGGCGGAUGCACCGAGUUUCACUCCGUCUUUCAAUCCUUCAUCUGCCUCUCCAGGCGGUUCUCACAUGUCCAUCUCACCAGCUGCUCAGAUGCCAACUUCAUUCAUUGGGUCACAUCCUCGCACUGGAUCUCACAGCACUAUAAACGAUCGUCGAGCUUCAUCACCGUCCGGUCCCCAUCCUCUUUUCCCCGGACUGGCUGGUAUGAGUCCUUACAAUCAAUCUCAGUCGUUCGGCUACCAGAACCUCGGACUGCAAGGGAGUGAUCUGGAUGGUUACGGUCAGGCUCAGCCCUUCGACUACCAGCAGUUAUUGGCUGCUCAGCAAUUGCAAUAUCACCAAAUCCAGUUGCUUCAAGCUCAACUCGCAGCUAGUCAAUUGGCAGCUCAACAGGCUCAACAGCAGCAGCAGAUCCCAUCCCAUCAGCAGAUGGGCAGCUUCAUAGCCCCGCGUUUCCAAGCUCUCGCUGCGCAAAGAGCACAACAACAGCAGCAACAGCAAGCUCAGCAACUCGCACAGGCUCAACAAUUGUUCGAGCUACAACAGCAACAGCUGGCCACUGUGCAGCGUCGAUCUCAGGAAGAACAAGCUCGAGCCUUGGCUCAAGCUACCUUGCACAACCCUCCGCCAGUGUUCGAAGAGGAUUCGCCGGAGAAGCGAACCGUUCCGCUCGUCUCCAACCGACCUCAGCUUGCACCAAGCUUCAAGUUUGGAGCCAAAAAGAUGGACGAGAUUAGCGACAGACAAGCAUCAAUCUCUCCGCCUCUCCAUCCGCCCAUAAUCAAUCGAAGCGAGGGCAUUGGAGGUGCUGCAGCCGCUGGUCUGGCAGGUCUUGCUGCAAGAGCGCACAAGCGCACUGGCAGUGAGCUUAGUGCCGCGAUGCAGCAGCAGCUCGAGAUCCAAAGCCAAAUCGAGGCCUUGCAAGCAAAACAAAAGGCCCUGAUGCAGGAAGACCUCGCUAGUCAAGGCGAAACACCCCUCAGUCAGCUCAACAGCGUCCUUAAGUCAUCAUCAGCGGUGCAGCCCGUGGCCAGACAUCGUCGAGUACAGUCGUCUGUCCCUUCUGCCAGCUUGCCAGACACAUUCGGCUCACUCAGUCUAUCAAACGUCCCGGAGUCCGCGGGUCAUCAUCGAUCGGACUCACGUGGACGAGCGGAGAUGCCACCACCUCCUGUUCCCAUGCCUUCGGCCAUUGGUCACUCGAGGCGACACAGCGUGAACACAUUCAACAAGUCUGGGUCGAUGAGCCUGGGUAUGUCCAUUGGAGGUGACAUUCCAGAAGAUGGCAUUCCGGAUGGUGUCUACGGCCAUCACAGGUCCGGCAGCCGAUCAGGUAUGGAGUCCGGCAGUUGGAGAUCCAAUAGCAUAUCUCAAAGCGGCGGCAUGGGAGCUGGGUCAGCAGGUGGAGUCGCGGCCGUCUCGGAUCUGGCGGCUGCACAAGCUCAACUGCAGUCACUCGCUCAGUUCAGAGCUGCUGCCGGAGGCGGCCACAGCAAGAUGGCCUCGUUCAGCUUUCCUAAUAUGCUGCCUAACCUACUGGCCGCGACCACAUUGUCGACACCUGCAGGUCAGAGCUUGUGGCAGCAGCAACAGGCUUUUCAGAUGCAGCUUCAAUCAAGCUCGAGCGGACCGCAGCGCAAAUCCCUUUUUGCCCCUUAUCUUCCGCAAGCAUCUCUACCACCUCUCUUGAGCGCCGGAAAGCUGGUCGUAGGUGUACUUCGAGUCAACAAGAAGAACCGAUCCGACGCGUACGUCGCUACAGAUGUCUUGGAGGCCGACAUCUAUAUUUGCGGUUCCAAAGAUCGUAACAGGGCUCUCGAAGGUGACAUCGUGGCUGUGGAACUGCUUGACGUCGACGAAGUCUGGAGCACCAAGAAAGACAAGGAGGAGAAAAAGCGAAAGAAGGAAGAGAAUGCUGCGUAUGAUUUGAAGCCCUCUCAGGCCAAGAAACUUGAGAAGAAGAAGGACGAUGUGGAAGUAGAGGGUCAAGGCUUGACCUUGUUCGAGGACGAGGAAGUCAAUGACGAUACCAAACCGACUUAUGCGGGGCACGUUGUCGCAGUGGUCGAGAGAAUGCCAGGACAGCUCUUCUCCGGCCAGCUCGGGGUCCUUCGCCCGUCCUCAGCAGCCACGAAAGAGAAGCAAGAGCUCGAACGAAGGGAACGUGAAGGGGAUCGCGCGAGACGGGAAGAGACUCAGGAACGACCAAAGAUCGUUUGGUUCCGACCCACGGAUAAGCGGGUACCGCUCAUCGCCAUUCCUACCGAGCAAGCGCCAUCAGACUUUAUCGAGAAUCCAGAUGAUUACAGUGAGAAGCUGUUCGUCGCUACCAUUAAGCGAUGGCCAAUCACCUCGUUACACCCCUUCGGUACGCUGGUUGAGGAGCUCGGCCCGAUCGGAGAUCGAGAGGUUGAGACGAGUGCCUUGUUGAAGGAUUGCAACUUUCCCACCGAGGAGUUCCCGGAAGCCGCGAUCAAGUGUUUGCCACCGCUGCCCUGGACUAUUCCCGAACGAGAGUACGAGAUCAGGAAAGAUUUGCGAGAGGAACGCAUAUUCACGAUCGAUCCUCCGACCGCCAGAGACCUCGAUGACGCUCUUUCUGUCAAGCGGAACGACGAUGGGACAUAUGAAGUCGGCGUGCACAUCGCAGACGUAUCGUACUUUGUGAAAGCGAACACGGCGCUCGAUCGAGAAGCCCGCAAGCGAGCGACGAGCGUAUACCUUGUCCAGCGGAGCGUGCCUAUGCUUCCUCCUCAAUUGUCGGAAGAAUUGUGCAGUUUACAACCCGGUGUCGAGCGAUUAACGUUCUCUGAGUUCUUCACUUUGGACCAAGAUGGGACCGUCCUGAAGAGCGAGAUGAGCAGGACGAUCAUCAAGUCGUGUGCGAAAUUCGCCUACUCAGACGCUCAAGAUAUCAUCGCUGGUGGUUCUCUGGACUCGACCACAAUCAACGGGCCCGUCCCGGCGCAGAAGCUUCAUAAUGACAUUGUUCUGCUUCAUGAGAUUGCUUCAAAACUCCGUCAGAAGAGGAUCGAAUCCGGUGCUAUGCUGAACAACCGCGUGAAGGUGUCCAUUAGUCUGGACGAUGAUGGAGAGCCGGUGGAUUGCGUGACUCACCCGAGAACAGAUGCCAACUCGCUCGUCGAAGAGGACGGUUUCAUCGAGCGAGCAAAGAAACUUGGCUUUGCGUUUGACGGAAGCACCGCAGGAACGCUCCAAAAAGGUUUCGACGAGAUCCAGGACGCCGACACUCGCUUGUGUCUUGAAUUGCUGAAGCGCAGAGCGAUGCAGACUGCUCGGUAUUUCUGUACCGGUAUGCUCGACAUUGCAAAGUAUUAUCAUUGGGCUCUUGCUACUCCGCUGUAUACCCACUUUACGUCUCCAAUCCGCCGGUAUGCCGAUAUCCUGGUCCACCGCAUGCUCGAUGCCUGCUUGACGAGUCCAUCACCCAACGAUGUCAAGUUCCUCAUGGACCGGGAUCAAGUUGCAAAAUGUGCCCAACAAUGCAAUAUGAAGAAGCAGAGUGCCAAGUUGGCAGAGGAGCAGUCUAUUCACCUGUACCUGUGUAUUCUGAUACACGACUUGACUGAAAAGUAUGGGCCUGUCAUCCGCCAAGGACGGGUCACCGGAGUCCUGGAUGAGGCGUUUGACGUUGUUGUCCCCGAAUUCGGCAUCGAGAAGAGGGUGCAUGUCGAUAAGAUGCCGGUGGACAAUGUGGUAUACGAUGAGCACAAAGAUGUCUUGUCGCUGUACUGGACCAAUCAAGAUGUUCUUUCGUAUCUUGCAGGCACUUCCGACGACCCCCACCUGCUCAAGAUCAAGGCUCUGGGCGACAAGUACGCGAAGGAGACGUCCGCUCGAGAUGUCGCCGGCGAUGUGACUCGAUCUCGCCAGAGACAAAAGAGCGCUCACCGCUCGAAAUUCACUUAUGAAGGCCUGAGGUCCAGUGGAGGCCACAAGAUUCAGGAUAUCAAAGAGCUCAUGAGCCUGCCUGUGAUCAUCACGAGUGACAUGACCAAAUCACCGCCUGUGCUGGUGGUAUAUGCCUGCAAUCCGUAUGUUUCGCUGUCUAUCAUUUUGCAGCAUCACACUGACGUUUCCGCAGAUACGCCUCCUGAUCGAGUCAUUGCCGAUUAA